UCACCAACUUCGGCUGGAAGAUAAACGGUGAAGAUAUUUUUGAACUGUUAACUGUGGAACAUAGUUAGUUUGGCUCGUUAACUGAUUGACGUGUGAUUAAGCCAAUGGCAAUAGAGAAUAUAACAUGAUUGGUGAGACACCCAGCCAAUGGGCUGUCAGUGGGCGGGGCUCCAAGCACAGCUACCGUAAGCGUUGUUAGUAGGAAGAAGAAGCCGAUUCUGGAAGCCAUUACGUUGCGCACAUCAGUGGAGUAAAUCCUACUAUUUUUGCGUACAAUACGCACAAUUACCUCCGCUAAAGAGGAAUUCCUGCAAUUAUGGCCUCGGUGGCGAAAAAGAGAAAAAUGAAUUUCUCGGAGAGAGAGGUGGAAAUUAUUGUAGAAGAAAUAGAGAAACAAAAGCACACACUGGUUAACCACUUCAAUGCUGGAGUCACACACAUGGCAAAGAAUAACGCGUGGGUGGACAUCCUGAAAAAGGUCAACGCUGUCACCACCUGUCCCAGAGAGUUACCCGAGGUGAAGAAGAAGUGGUCCGACAUGAAGACGGAGGUCCGUCGGAAGGUGGCCCAGGCGCGGGCUGCCAUAGAGGGGACCUCCGCUGACUGCACUCCAGUUCCCGUCAUCCUCACCGCUAUGCAGCAGCGGAUCUGUAACCUCCUGGGGGAGGCCACCAUCAUCAGCUUACCUGCGGGAGACUCGGAUGCUGAGAUCACUCUACCUGUGACGGUGAACACCGCCGCCACCGUCACACUGGCAGAGACUCUUCCAGCCGGCUCAGCGACCGUCUGUGAUGAAGCCAAGCCACUGAACGCUGAAACCACGUACCACACCCUGGAGGAUGGAGGCGUGGUGGAGUACUGCACCACCACCGUCGGUGAUUCCGCUCCCACCGUGGUGGCGGCCGUCGAGGCUCCAGUCGAGAUGCUGGCCUCGUCCUCAGCUUCCCCGCCUCCUCCUCAGGGUCAGGCCAAACCUCAGGAGCUGAAGAGCCGCAUCGCCCUCAACUCCGCCCGCCUGCUGCAGGAGCAGAGAGUCACCAACGUCCACAUCCGGCAGAUCGCCCAGCACCUGGAGGGCCAGAACGAGCUGCUGCACAUGAUGCGGCGCUCCCAGGAGGCUCAGGCGUUCGCUCAGGAGAGACAAGCCCAGGCCCUGGAGGGUACGCAGGCCGCCCUGCUGGCAUUAGUGCAGAUGCUCAGACCGGCUCUAAAAGACCUGCGUAAAUUCCUGCAGAGUGGGACAGAGGUGGUGAACCCCAGCAGCUCAGCAGCAGCAGGAAUGACUGAUGGGUCAGGAACAGAGGAGCACAGCAGGCCCAGAACACCACCAGCUCCUCCAACGCAGGCCGAGGAGACGCAAUAGACACUGUGUGUGUGUGUGUGUGUGUGUGUGUGUGUGUGUGUGUGUGUGUGUGUGUGUGUGUGUGUGUGUGUGUGUGUGUGUGUGUGUGUGUGUGUGUGUGUGUGUGUGUGUGCGCGCGUGUGUGUGUGUGUGUGUGGUGCUGACUCCUGUCCCUGCACACAGGCUUCAGAGAACAGGGUUGCCUUAGGGAGAGAUGUACAGAAUUUUACUGAUGUUUUAAGUCACAGACUCAGUGAAGAGUUGAUGUGGAGAAGAUUAUUUUUACUUUUUACAGCCUGUCAUCAACUGACAGCAGCUUUGCGUUUGCACAUUUGAUACUGAGAUGAUGUUUUUGGUGCAGAGAUGCAGACGGUCAUCACCUUGAUGUGAGCUCAACAUUAAAUAUCUUCAAGUCAUUGUGCAGAAAACUCUAAAUGAAAAGAGAUCAGUGUUGUUUUUAAGGAGGGAGUGGGCUUCAGUUCAUGUGCGCUGUGCACCCUGUCUUCAAUAAAACUGAAGAAAAACCA